AUGAUCGGCUCGUCGACGCCGAGGAUCGAUCGCACGGAUCCUUACGAGGCCGUCGUCGACACCUGUUACGAGGAGCUUUUGUUGUUCGCCGCUGUGAACGAUACGAGUGCAGGCUGUGACAGGGUGCGCUUCACCCUGUCUGGAAUAUUAAACGACACCGACUACGAGGGCAAGGCGGUGAACGAGACUCGAUUGGACAUCGAGAACAACGGUUUAAACAACUGGUGGGCCAUGUUGGCCCUUGUUCUGGUCGUGGGCACCGCGGCUGGGAACAUUCUGGUGUGUCUCGCCAUCGCCAGGGAGAGACGACUGCAAAAUGUCACCAAUUAUUUUUUGAUGAGCCUGGCGAUCACCGAUCUCAUGGUUGCUGUUCUGGUCAUGCCUCUUGGAAUAUUGACUCUUGUUAGAGGAUAUUUCCCUCUGCCGUCAGUCUACUGUCUCGUCUGGAUCUGUCUGGACGUGUUAUUCUGCACAGCGAGUAUAAUGCAUCUGUGCACCAUAAGCGUGGACCGAUAUCUGAGUCUGCGAUACCCCAUGAAAUUCGGUCGCAACAAAACCAGACGGCGAGUCACUUUGAAGAUCAUCUUCGUGUGGAUCCUCAGCAUUGCCAUGAGCUUACCGCUCAGCUUGAUGUACUCGAAGGAAGAAGAUUCGGUGCUGAUAGACGGUGCCUGCCAAAUACCGGACCCUCUUUACAAGUUGAUCGGCAGCAUAAUCUGCUUUUACAUACCACUGGGCGUGAUGCUGCUUACAUACGCGUUAACGGUGAGAUUAUUGGCAGAGCAACGACAGAAUAUUGGAGGAACUGCAGGUUGGUCCUCCGGAUGGCUGGGUGGCCCCCAGGGCCCACCCCCGGGAGGUUAGUGUAUUAUCAGGUACACGGACCUGUUACAUUUGCUCCCCAAAUCAUCCAUCAUUUCGACGAUUUAGUUAGACAACGUUAAUUGUGCAAAUAUAAUUUUUAAUACCAUGGUUUCAUUUUCUUAGUGAAAGAGCUCC